AUGAAUGAGCUCAAUAUAUUGCAAAAGAUUGGGAAUGGAGCAUUUAGUUAAGUCUACUUGGGCACGUACAAGAGUAGGUAAGUUGCAAUCAAGGUAACUGUGGAGAAGUAAGUUAGGUUUCCCAGUUAUUGUGAAUUGUUCAAUCGCGAAGUAGAAAUUCUGGAGUAACUGCAACAUCCUAAUCUAGUGAAGUAUAUCGCGAGCUAUGAAACAUUUGACAAAUUAUACAUCAUAAUGGAUUAUGUAGAAGGUUCAAAUUUGACUGAAUUGAGCAAAUCCAAUUUGAGUGAAUAGAAGAUCAAAAGUAUAAUAAAAUAAUUGUUGAUUGUCUUAACGUAUUUACACAAUAAAGACAUUACUCACAGAGAUAUCAAGCCUGAUAACAUCUUGGUUGGACUUGAUGGCAGAGUGAGACUAAUAGAUUUUGGCUUGUCUCAAUAAUCCGAAUCCAAGAUCUCAUACGACAAAUGUGGAACCCUCCUCUUCAUGGCUCCAGAGAUGAUAUUAAAAAUGCCAUAUCUGAAGAGUGUAGACAUGUGGAGUAUUGGAGUCAUCCAAUAUCUCCUCUAUGAGAGGAAACAUCCAUUUAAUUACGAGAAUCUCAUAGAGAGCAUAUAAUAAUACAAUGUCAACUUCACCAUCAUGGACAAGUCAGCAUAGAACUUUUUCAGAAAAUGUGCAGCAAUCAACCCUGAAGCCAGAAUGUCAGCUGAACAAGCCCUAAUGCAUCCUUGGAUUACUGGAGAAGGAGAUCUAGGGCAACCCAUCACCAUUCAUGACAGAAUGACUAUCUUCUAGAAUAAAUAGAAGUUAAUUUGCUUGAUAAAUGCUCUCACAUUCAUUAAAUAUUGCACUUCCUUUGUUAAAGCCAUCAGAUUAAUUAUCCCCUUAAAUGAACAAGGCUCCUAAUAAGAGAUUACUGUUAGACAACAGAAUUAAGAUCCCACCCAAAGAAAAUCAACAUCGAGGAUUAAACAAGCCAGGUCAACGAGUCAACUCUUUUUUGAGACAAAUGUUGCCAGUCCAUUAAAGAAAUAAUCUCCAUUUAGAAUUACUUAACAAAGAUAAUCGCAAACAAAAUAGUUACAGCAUUCUAAUUCUAUGCAACUUGCUCAAAUGGCUAAAAGAGGGUCAUUAAAUAAAUUACCCCCACUUAAUUCAAGUAAUUCGCCUAUAGAAAAGAGAAGAACUAAUAUCAGAAUGCGUUAACUUUGA